ACGCCUUCCUUCAACGCAGCCGCCGAGCGAGUAUUAAUAGCGGGUAGUUACGCGGCGCCGCAUCCCAUCACACUCCCCCGUGUCACCGUUGCUGCCAGCUCGUACUUCCCGUCUCGACGCCCCAUGGCCAGCAAGCUCAACGCCUUCCUGGCCGCCGUGCCCGCCAACGCCAGCGUGCCCAGCCCGCCCAAGUCGGCGCCGGCCGCGCUGGCCUUCCCGCCGCUGGAGCUCAAGGCGGCGCCCGAGAGCGUGGGCUCCGUCGCGCCCACGACGCCGCAGCCGCCCAUGGCCCACCGCAGACGCUCGUCGUCGCUGCGCAGAUAUAACCCCAGUCUCAAGCUGGCGCUGGACGCGGGCAGCUCCAACCAGGACCAGGACCGACCAGAGGACGACCGGGAUGUGGCGCGGCCCUCGCCGCUCAAGAGCUUCAUGGCGGCGCAGGCGGCCGCGGCCAAGCUCAAGGCGCAGACGGAGGAGAAGCACCACGACGUGCCGACGCCCGACCUGGCACGCACCGGCAGCGGCUCCGAGCUGGACGCCAAAUCGGAGGCCGGACCCAUGCGCAUGGCCAGCAUGCAGGGUUCGCACCACCGCCGCGUGUCCACCGACACGACGCUGUUCAACCGGUACCUGCGGCAGCAGGCCGACCGCGACAUCGGCCAGGACACGGUGCAGCACUUCACCAAUGUACCCAUCAUCACCGCCACGGCGGCGGCUGUGGACGCGCUCGAGGGCGAGAUGAGCGUGGACAACAACGCGGACGAGGAGCACGAGAGCGCCGUCGUGCACGUGCUGGACCCGGAGGAGAUCCUCGCGCUCUUCCGUCUGGGCACCACCAUCCCCGUGGCCAGUGCGCUGGAGCUCGUACGGCGAGCCACGACCCUCAUGUCGCUGGAGCAGAACGUCAUCUCGAUCCGCGCGCCGUACACACUCGUGGGCGACCUGCACGGCCAGUUCCAAGACCUGCUCGAGCUCUUCCGUGUGCACGGGUCCCCAGCCGUAGACAACCCGUUCCUGUUCCUCGGAGACUACGUGGACCGCGGCGUUUCGUCCUGCGAGAUCAUCCUGCUGCUGCUGGCGUUCAAGGUGGCGUUCCCGGAGAGCGUGCACUUGCUGCGCGGCAACCACGAGUGCCGUAGUCUCAGUACAUUCUAUGGGUUUCGGGCCGAGUGCCUCAAGAAGUACGGGCCGGUCGUGUACAACCGCAUGAUCAAGUGUUUUGAGAGUAUGUCGCUGGCUGCGCGACUGGAGACCGUCCAUGGCACGUUCCUAGCUGUGCAUGGGGGGCUGUCCCCAGAUAUUGCGUUAGUGGAAGAUAUUAACCUCCAAGUCAAUCGCUUCAUGGAGCCCGAGCCCAACGGAGCGCUCUGCGACUUGCUGUGGUCUGAUCCCGCCAAGGGGGAAGCUCAGGAGCAGGAGUGGGCUCCAAAUGGCAUGCGCGGCUGCUCCUUCACGUUUAAUGAACACGCGUGCCGCGAGUUUCUCGAGCGCAACAACCUCCUCGCUAUAGUUCGAGCCCACGAGCUCGAGGAGGACGGCUACAAGGAGCAUUUCCGCCAUGAGUCCGACCGCACGGAAGAAGACGAGGAGGGCAAGCUGGCUUUACCUGCAGUGGUCACGGUGUUUUCUGCGCCCGAGUACUGCAACACGAACCACAAUGUCGGGGCGACGUUGAAGAUCCCGUGGGAAAAGCAGAAUGGCCGCCUGUUGCAGUACCAGCAGCACAAGCGCAGUCAGUACCCGGAGUUCGAGUUUACUCGCCAAAGCGAAGAGGAGGCUGUCAAGGCGUUUCUGGAGGAGAAUCUCCCGUUCUUGCCGAUCGACUUCUACGAUUUGGUGAACAUGUGCCGGCAAUUGCGGUUCACGCUCGAACGAGCAGCCAGCAUAACGGCGGCCGCGGAACCUCCUCGUAAGCAGUCUCUGGUGUCUUCGUUGUGUGCUCCGGCGGCCGGCCUGGACAAGAAAAUCGAAGAGGAGGAGGACCCGGAGCUGCCCGUGUCGCCCCCCUGUUCUGCUAUGACUACCGAAAUGGAAGACAAAGAUGCCGAGCACAGCGCGACAGACACUCACGAAGUAGCGGGUGAAUCAUUGCAGGAGUGGGAGCUGGUAGGCGACUGCAAGAGCCCCGAAUCUGUUGAUGGCAGCUCCAAGAAGGCGAAGAAAGACCUCAAGAAAGAGAAGAAGGAGAAGAAGCUCAAGGAGAAGCAGGAGAAGAAGCAGAAGAAGCAGAAGGAAAAGGAGAAGAAGAAGUGGGACACGAAUCGUAUCGUGACGGGCUGGAAGUUCUGCCCAGGGUUUGUGCGCUUCUACGACCGGUACUUUGCGCGUGAUGGUGUCAAGAAGAGUGGUCCCGAAAUUACUUCAGCUCCAACCAAGAGAGGGUCAUGGAUGCCGCAUGUUAAGACUCCAUUCAAGCGCUCGACCUCAACAGGCGAGGCACAGACUGACACUGAAACGAAUGACACGGUCACGGAGACGACAGGCCCAAUUCGACGAAAGAGCAUGACCGACUGGAUGCCGAUGCCGUCGUUCGAGCAGGUGGCGCAGCUAACAACUACGCUCCAGGGACACAUUCCUAUUCACGCGAGCGGCGUCAACGUGUUUACAAAGGCACAGUGGCAAGCCCUCAAGCUGUAUUUCUCUCUCUUAGAUCUCGAUGGCAACGGCAUUCUGGUGGAGGAGAGCUUUGUUGUGCUUCUCGCAGAACAGGACAGCGAUGCGUACGCGACUGAAGACGAAUUGAGUCUCUUGAUGGAGGUCAUGGACUGCAACGCAGACAACAUGAUCACGGAGCAAGAUUUCUUGCUAUUUGCAUACCGCGCGUUGCUGCGGUGGAAGAAGGCUCUGCAUGGUUCCGGCUAG